UUAUGUCCUAAGACAAAAGAAGAAGUUUUAACAAUAGUUUCGUCAUACACUAGUGGUGCGACACCACUGCUUAUGGCAUGUCGAAAUGGCCAUUUGGAUGUAACUAAAUAUCUUUUGGAGAAAUGCCGUGCAAAUAUUGAGCAGGUUGGUUCUGUAGCAUUUGAUGGAGAAACGAUUGAAGGUGCUCCACCGCUCUGGUGUGCGGCUGCUGCUGGACAUUUAAAUAUAGUCAAAACUCUCCUUCUUUUUAAAGCUUCAGUCAAUAGUACUACGAAAACUAAUUCCACUCCUCUACGAGCUGCUUGCUUUGAUGGGCAUUUUCAAAUUGCAAAAUACCUUAUAGAACAUGGUGCUGACAUUGAAAUUGCUAACAAACAUGGACAUACCUGUCUGAUGAUUGCUUGUUACAAAGGUCAUUUUGAAAUUGCAAAAUAUUUACUGGAAUGUGGAGCAAACUUAAACAGAAAAAGUUUAAAAGGUAAUACUGCUUUACAUGAUUGUGCUGAAUCUGGUAGCUUGGAUAUACUUAAAAUGCUUUUGCAGCAUGGUGCUGUAAUUGAUGUUGAUGCUUCUGGUGUUUCACCUUUAUUAUCUGCAGCAGUUACUGGUAAUCCAGAAAUAGUAGAAUUCUUUAUCGAAGAAUUUCAGUGCCCAAAGGAAGAUAAAGUGAAUGCUGUAGAAUUAUUAGGGGCCACAUAUUUGGAUAAAAAAAGGGACAUGAUUAUGGCCCUUGAAUGUUGGCACCGUGCAAUGAAAUUGCGAUAUGAGGAUCCUGAUUGUCCUCUGGUGAAACCAGAGAUAGCCUCUCCAAUGACAGCUUAUAUAGGUUCUAGCGAAUUCCGUACAUUUGCUCAACUAGAAGAAUUGGUUGAUGAUCCUGACGAGAUGCGAAUGCAAGCGUUACUUGUAAGAGAAAGAAUUCUUGGUCCUCGUCAUCCAGAUACUACUUAUUAUGUCAGAUACCGAGGUGCUGCUUAUGCUGAUAAUGGUAAUUUUGAUCGCUGUAUACAGUUGUGGAUGUAUGCAUUACGUAUACAGCAAGAGGAGCUUGAACCAUUGAGUCCAAUGACCCAGAGUAGCUUCCUUUCAUUUGUAGAGUUGUUUUCAUACAUGAUGUCUGAAGCCUGGACUCGUUCAAGAAGUAAUUCAAUUAUUUCUUUUAAUCACAUGCUUUAUGUAUUUCAGCGAGUUCUACAUGAAAUAGAAGCUGGUUUGAAAAUGCCACAUGAGAAGAAACAACAAGAUGUAUUUCAUCGUACUCUUAUUAUUGCAAUGCAUUUAGUGGGACUUAUGUGUCAGCUACAGUCCGAGCUAAAUGGAAAUGAUUUAGAGCUAAAACAAGCUGUUUAUAGGUUAGUUCGAUUGAAUGCUCGUGCUCGUAAUGGUUGGACUCCUUUGCAUCUUGCUUGUUUCAAAGACUCAUCUUUAAUUGGAAGGUAUCCUGUGUGUACAUUUCCUUCACCUCAAGUUGUGGAUCUUCUGUUAGAAGUUGGUGCUUGCCCUAAUGCUGUAGAUUUUAGUCACAAUACACCGCUUCAUGUAGCAGCAAUGAACAAGCCUUGUGCAGAAUCAAUAUUUAAAGCUCUUUUAGAGCAUGGAGCUCAUCUUGAUCUUUGUAAUUAUGAAAGGAAAACUCCUCUUCAGUUAGUCCAAAGUACUGAUACUGCUUCUUCAGACAUUUAUCCUUUAAGGUACCUAAACUUGCAAUGUCUGUGUGCCCAAGUCAUUCGAAUGCAUGAAAUACCAUACAAAGGACUAAUGCAUAAAAAAUUAGAAGCAUUUUUAGAUGCCCAUUAAAAGGUAAUAACCUGAAUUUCACAUAAACGUUGUGUAAUUGAACUUGUAAAUGCAAAUCUACUGGAGUGUUUUAAAUUUCAAUCAUACUAGCAACGUUGUUUCUUAAAAAGGAACUAUUGUUUCUUAGCCUACAUGCAAAUAUACUUGCAUGAAUGUAAAUGUUUCAGUUUGAUUUUCAGUUGUAUAUUUUGUGUCAUGUCUGUUCUUUAUUGUAUGGAUGAGAUGUUGUCAUCUAAAAUUAAUUUUUUAAUUUUUCAUUCCUGUAUCUCAGGAUUGUAGUUUUUAUAUUUAGGAAUAUUACUAAAUUAUUUUAGAAUGCAUUAAUUGAUGCUUGAUAACAAAAAAAAAAAAAAAAAAAAAAAAAAAGAUUAAUUGUCUUGUGGAGGAAAAAUUCCAGAUUAUCAAAGAAGCAUUAAAAUUAGAGAUUCUUGUGCAUAAGAGAGUUAUCAUAACAACACAGUAGUCUGCAACUAGAAUUUAUUAUUGCUUGCAUUAUCAUUUGUUUUAAAAUUUAUUACUGUUGUUCAUCCAUCAGCCUCUGUGUUUUAUUUCUGUUCAUUAUUUGAAUCAUUUGAGAGUAUUGUGUAAUAUUUGUUUGAUUGUUUUACAAGGCUAAAAAUUUUCUAAAAGCAGAAAAUUUUACUUUUGUUUUGAUACUCAUUCCCUUUUCUUUUAUAAUUGUAUAUUUUAAUUAAAUUUUUUCUUUAAUGUUGCAUAUUUUAAAAAUUUCUAAUAUUAAGUGCCUUUAAAAUAUUCUGUGCUCUUAAGUUUAAAUAUAUAUCCAUCAAUUAGUUGCUCUAGUUUGGCCUGUUAAAGUAAGUCACGUCACUGAGAUUAUGUCUGUGAUUAUAAAUGAUUUAGCUUGUAGUUUAAAAGAAAAUAUACGUAGGUUGGGGCAAAAGUCAUGGCAACUAUUUUUUCCCUUGAAGAUACCAGUCCGGUUGGAAAAUGUGACAUAUACAGAUGAAAGACAAUCUUAACUAA